AUGUUUUCGGGCCUCCAGAACCCGCGGAAUAUCGCCGCGCAGAUCAUGAACUUUGGUCUAGUGCUGUCCACGGCAUUCAUGAUGUGGAAGGGCCUCUCCAUCGUCGCCGACUCUCCCUCCCCGAUCGUCGUUGUCCUCAGUGGUUCCAUGGAGCCGGCCUUCCAGCGAGGCGACCUGCUCUUGCUAUGGAACCGCGAGCUGUUUACCGAAACCUCAGUUGGCGAUAUUGUUGUGUACAAUGUGAAGGAUAAGGAAAUUCCCAUUGUUCAUCGAGUCGUACGGAAAUUUGGCCAUGGGGACAAGGCACGGCUGUUAACAAAAGGAGACAAUAACGUUGCCGAUGACACCGAAUUGUACGCCAGAGGGCAAGACUACUUGGAGCGCAGCGACAUCGUCGGCAGCGUAGUAGCAUACGUGCCGUUUGUGGGCUAUGUGACAAUAUUACUCUCAGAAUAUCCAUGGCUGAAAACGGCAAUGUUGGGUAUAAUGGGUCUUAUGGUGGUAUUACAGCGGGAAUAA